AUGGCCCGGAACACGGCUUCGAAAGGGAAGAAGGAGACGAAACCUUACGAAACGAAUGGCUUGGCUAUGAACUGGGAAAGCAGUGAUCAGUUGCGCACCCGGCUGAGAGAGCAGGGCAAACUGAUGAUGCAUCCGAAGUCUCAGAAAGUGGCUGCCAACACGAUCAAGAAUGCAAUUCUGAAUGUGGAGGUUUUGAAGCCUGCUGUUGUGAGACUUAGGGCAUCCGGGGGCAAGAUGACUGUUAUCGAUGAGCUCAUCACUGAGUGCGCGGCUUUUUACGCCAAAGUCGGCAAAGAACCAAACAACGAUCUUGCUUGCAAGGACGCGUGGUCUUUGCGACGAAGGCUUAGCUGGCUCAAGCGGAAGGCCACUCGUGAGGAGGUCGGAAGGGCCUUCAUCUUCCAAGACCUGGUGUUGCUGUUCAAGCCCGAGCUUCAGGAGUUGGUUGAACGGAAACGCAAAGCUCAGCAAGCAAAGCUUGCUGCAGACGAUUCCAACGAGGAAGACAGUGACGACGAUGAUGACGACAUGGUGGACGAAAACAUGAGCGAAAGUGACUUCAAGGAGUUCUCGGCCUGGCUCAAGCAAGCCGCCGAAGCACAGGCCCCACCGAUCCAGAAUGCCCCGGAGGCCACUGCCCCCGAGAUCCCGGAGGCCCCCAACACAAAGCCCCUCGAGAUCGAGAAGGCUCCUGAGAUCAUGAAUCCCCCGAACCGAGACGCCUCUGCGAUCAAGGAUGCCCCUAGGAGCGAUGUCGCUGCCUCUGAGAUCAAGGGUGCCCCUAGGAUCGAUGCCGCUGCCCCUGAGAUCACGAAUGCCCCUAGGAACACUCAGGCAGAACCAUCUCUCAAGAGGGCUCUGCCCAUGAAGCAGCAUAGCUUUGGAUCCUUGAGUGAAGCUUCAACGUUUUCGCAGUGCAGACCUGAUGGCUCGUGUGACAAGUGCGGCAACGCCAACAAGCUCUUGCAGCUGAUCCGUCAGACCAAGCUGCUCGUGCAGCAAAAGCGCGAUCGAGCCAGCAACCCGGGAACGCCAGCAGAGCCGUCUCCUGUGCGUACGCCCGAGCCACGGCCAGAGAAGCUUGCUAGCUUGCACUAUGGCAUGGACGAUGAUGACACACAGAUCUCGCAGCUUACUCCGCCACCCGCGAAUGAGAUUCGAGCUCUGAGUAUUCAGCCUGUUCUAUCGGAGAAGCGCCCUGAACAGCCGCCCGCGGUGCUCACCCGCCGAGACCAGCUCGGUGCGAAGGAGAUGAAGAAGCCUGAGGUGGCUUCUGCUCCGCCCCCCAAGGAAACGGAGGAGGACGGUCAGGAGGAAGCUGAGGAAGAGGACCAAGAUGAUGAAGAGGAUGAGACAGGGGGGGACGAAGCUGAGACCCCCAAGGCCAAGGCUAAAGCUAAGUCAGCAGCUAAGGCUAAGGCGAAAAGCAAAGCAAAAGCCAAAGCGAAGGCCAAGGCCAAGGCCAAGGCCAAGGCCAAGGCCAAAACCAAAGCGGCCCCCAAGUCUUCGACGGGCAAGGGCAAGGGUGGGGGCCGAGGCAAGCCUGCUAAGGAUGAUGUCGCUGAUCCUGGUGAGGCGCCUGCUGAGCCCGAGUCCAAGCCGAGCGAUGCCACGAAUGCCAAGCGCAAGCAGCCCCCCGGGCCACUCAAGGGAGCAGCCAAGUUUAAGGCUAAGGUCGCACAUGCACAGGUUGAUGCUGAUGCUGAUGACAUCGAUGAAACGCUGCUGGCUGAGAUGGUUGACUUUGCCAAAGGCUUUCAGGGCAUGCUUUUCAGCGAGGCUAAGGAGAAGCUCCAGAAAGAGAGGCAAACGUUCGAAGGGAACUUCAUUUUCAACAUGUAUUGGGGGAGGCCUGCUGUUGGUGUGAAGUCCCUACGCUACGAUCGGGAGGUUGGCUAUUUUAGCCUGCCUAAGCAGACAUGGAAUUAA